ACAAACACAUUAGAUAGUCCACUAACCAAGAAAGUAGAAAAUACAUUAACUAAUUCAUGACAGCCACUACUUGAUUAAAAUACUCUAGAAUAAGGAGAAAUGGAAAUAUAGUGAAAUGGCAGCCUGUUUCCUGGUACCACAUGCUGUGAAAGAAACAAAUCUCCUACGAUCUUACUCCAAAAGUCAAAACCCAGAGACCAUCCGUUUGUAACCUUAUUGUUACUUCUUUGCAGCAUAUAAAAAACAUGGAAUCUUGACAAUCUAGUUUAUCUAACCACCCAAUCAUUUAGACUACCUGGUAGGCUGAUACUACCUACAGAAAACACUGCAGCUCCUCCCGAAUUUUGGUGCAGGAAAGAUGUUCAAGCGAAGCGAGAAAAAGAUCAAAGCAGUCUUCAAGAUGCAGUUUCAGGCAACACAGGUACCGCAGCUCAAAUCAAAAAGCCUCAUGAUUUCUCUGGUUCCAGUAGAUGUAGGAAAGCCUACAGUCAGAUUAUCAAAAUCACCAAUUGUUGAAGGAACCUGCACCUGGGAAAAUCCUGUAUACGAAACUGUAAAGCUAAUCAAGGAGAUCAAAUCAGGAAGAAUCAGAGAAAAGUUCUACUAUGUGAUUGUAUCAACAGGGUCCUCAAAAUCGGGGUUUCUUGGAGAAGUCUCAAUUGAUUUUGCAGAUCUAGCAGAUGCUACCAAACCAGUGAACUUAACUCUCCCUCUACAGACUUCAAAAUCUGGUGCAGUGUUGCACGUCACAGUUCAGAACAUGAAAGGAUGUUCUGAUUCAAGAUAUGACGAAGAUAGCGAAACCCCAGUAGAGGAAUCAGAUACCCCAAAAUCUCCGGAAAGUGAUGAUUUGAGUGAAGCAACAUCAGUGCAUGAUGAACAUUAUGGAAGAUUUGGAGAUGCGGAAUCAGAUAAUAAUGAUGCCCAAUCAAGAGAUGGAGUGAAAGGAACUUCAAGGGAAAAUCACAUGAAAGUGUUGGAGAGGAAGGCAGAACUUUCAGAUUUAGAAGUGCAAUCCCUUCGCAAGCAAAUAAUGAAGGAAACCAAGAGAGGGCAGCAAUUAUCAGAGCAAAUUGAUUACCUAAAGGAGGAGAGAGACACUCUUAAAGCAGAAUGUGAGCGACUCAAGGUCUCAGUGUGUGAGGAUGGAUUUUCAAGUCAUACGCCAAAAGAGACUGAAAAUAUGAAUGCUUCGCUUGAAAAGAUCAAGCAAGAACUUCAGCGUGAGAAGCAACUAAAUAAAAAGUUGAAAUUGCAUCUACAGAAGACAGAAGAUUCAAAUUCUGAAUUUGUUCUCGCCAUGAGAGAUCUUACCAAAAAAUUGGAACAAAAAAAUGCAGAAAUAUCUCGACUUUCAAGCAAAAUUAAGGCCCUCCACUAUGGUGCAGAGGGUAUUGCAGCAUCACCUAAAAUGAAGAUGGGUCAUAAUGAAGAAACUGAUGAACUAGAAGACCUGGAGAGGAAGCAUGGACAUGUUGAAGAGAUAGAAAUUUUAAAGCAGGAAACUAGGUCUCUCCAUUCCGAAAUUGAAGCUCUCAAGAAAGAGAAUACAGAGAUAAAAGUGCAACUUGAGAGGCUUACUGAGGAUUACGACAGUUUAGAGGCAGAAAACAAGGAUAUAAGCUCCAAAUUCGAGCAAACCGAAACAGAAAAGAUGGAACUAGAGCAAAGUUAUGCUGAAUGCUUGGCUGCAGAGAAGAAACUCAAACUCCAGAUAGCAAGCUUGGAGAUGGAAAGCAAAAGGCAGGCACGUCAAUACUCAGAGUCCCUGAAUAUCAUUGAUGAGGUUGAGUUCCAGGUUGAGAACCUGCAGAAGGAACUGGAAAUGCAGGCACAAAUAUUUCAGGAAGAUUUGGAAGCAGUAACUGAGUUGAAAGUUGAGCAGGAGCAGAGGGCCAUACAAGCUGAAGAUGCCUUGAGGAAAAUGAGGUUGACCAAUGCAGAUGCGACUGAGCGACUUCAGGAGGACUUCAAACAGAUUUCUUCUGAGAUGUCACUUAAAAUAGAGGAGAAUGAGAAACUAGCCCAUAAAGCAGUUGUUGAAGCUAAUGAUCUGCGCCAGAAAAAUGAAGCUUUAGAAGGAUUGCUCCAGAAAGCCAGAGAAGAACUUCAAAUGAUUAGAGACAAACAUGAAAGAACAAUAAGAGAGCACUCAGAAGAAAAUGAAACAAUUUCUGGAGGUAAACCAUAUCAGAAAACAACUACAAAAGAAACAGAAACACUCCAAAGAUGGAAAUCAGAAAAGGAAAAUCUGGAGAGACAACUAGAUGCAGUGAGGAAGGAAGCAGAAAAAUUCAUGCAUGAAAAUGUCUCCAUGAAGUCUCAGUUACAGCAGAAGAAAACCAAAGAAGAUAACUUGCUAUUACAAGUGAAGAAGCUGAGAACAACGAAUAACGAAGCCAAAAGUCAUCUGCUUGAACUAGAACAGGAGAAAGAAGGCCUGAAGAAAGAGAUGUCGAAAUUACAAGGAAACUUACGGAAAAAGGAAAAGGAAUUGGAAAAGGCUACACUUGAAAAUUGCAUAAAGUCUCCAGCGAAGGAACAGAAUCUUAAAUGUAAUACCACAGAAAUCAGGAAAGAUCAGGAAACUAUUCCAUCGCGAACUAGUGGCCAAUCCAAUGGUGGAUGUGAUGUUUCCAGCUUGUUAGGUGAAGUAGCAUCAUUGAAAGAUAGAAAUGAAAGCAUGGAGGAAGAGUUGAAGGAAAUGCAUGACAGAUAUUCAGAAAUAAGUCUCAGAUUUGCAGAGGUAGAAGGUGAACGACAACAACUUGUUAUGGCCCUCCGUAAUAUGAAAAAUGGAAAGAAAAACUAGUUUACUGGAAUAAUGGUGAAACCCAACUAGAGGUCAUUUAGGCAUAUGAUAUGUACAUCAACAAUUUCCCACAUCAUAUAGCCCAAUUUGUUGCUUGUUUCGUAUCCUUCAGAGUCAAUAGUAAUAAAAGCCAGUUCUUCGGUCUUUUUCUUUUUUCA